CCUUACCUUAAUUACUGCUCUUGCUUUUCUUCUAUUCGACAGUAAAGGGGAAAGCCUCUUUCAGGUGAAUUUUUUAGAUUCAGAUUUGAAAUCCAGUUGUGGUUAGUUUUCAGGUGAAAAAGCCUGUUCGUUUUGGUAUUAAGGAUUCCGGAAGCAUGACAUCAAGCACGGAGGCAUUGCUCCUUGAAGCCAAGAACCUUGAGAUGCAAGGCUUAGAGAAGCAUAAAAUUGCUCUGGCUUCUGCUUCUAGUCUCGAUGAAAUGCUUAAUGAGGUUUACAACAGUCGCUCACCAAAACCAAUUGAUUACGAUAAUCGAAGAGAGUUGGUUCGCAUCUUCAAUGUCAUGGCCAAGGAGAUUUAUGGAAAUUGUAAUGGUUUUCCUAUUGUGGAGGUAUUUGGUUCUUUUGUAAUGGGCAUGUUCAAUGCUGAAAGUGAUUUAGACUUAUCUAUCAAUUUUACAAAUAAUGGGGAUAAGAUUUCUAGAGUGAAGAAAAUUAAUGCCCUUCGCAAGCUGGCAAGAAAGUUACAUUCCAUUAGAAGAGGAGGUCAUGUUAGUGACAUUCAAAAAAUCCUCUCUGCUAGGGUGCCGAUUGUUAAAGUCAUUGAUCGUGGAACUAGGAUUGAAUGCGAUGUGUCAGUUGAGAAUAGGGAUGGUAUUUUAAAAUCCCUUAUUAUUCGUGCAAUUUCUACAAUCGAUGAAAGGUUUCUAAAGCUUAGUUUCUUGGUAAAAGCUUGGGCCAAGGUCCAUGAUAUUAACAGUUCCAAGGAUCAAACUCUGAACUCUUUAUCAUUAAUAUUAUUAGUUGCUUUCCAUUUGCAGACUCGGGAUCCACCCAUAUUACCUACAUUUUCUGCUUUAUUUAAAGACGGAAAUGAUCCUGAAGCUGUAGUGAAGAUGGUCCAAAAUUACUUGAAUUAUGGCAUAAGGAAUAAAGAAUCCUUAGCAGAGCUUUUCAUUACUCUAUUGGUUAAGCUUGUUUCUGUUGAACAACUUUGGCAGAAAGGGCUUUGUGUUAGCUUGCGUGAAGGAUUUUGGAUAUAUAAAGCUUGGGAUUCUGAGUUUUGCAGUAUUCAUGUCGAGGAUUUCACAGAUCAGUCUCAAAAUGUUGCAAGGGCUGUUGGAAUGCAAGGUUUUGAAAAAAUACAUAGCUCCAUCCAUCGUUCGCUUCAUUAUCUUGGGGCUUUUUCAGAAGGUCAGAUGUUGGGAACUAAUCUAAAAGAACUUUUGUUUGGUAGAGAUACCACCUCUAGUGUAGGGGAUAGUGUUGCUAUAAAUCUGGAUAAAAGUACAACCAAGCUCUCUGUCGCCAAUAACUCUAACCAAAUAAAGAAGAUCCAAUUAACAGAAGGACUAAAAGGUGCAGAAAAUCAAAGUAAACAACAGUUUCUUGUUCAGCAUGGCUCCCAUCAAACAAAGAAGAGGCAUUUUACAGGCCUGGAUGAAUCCAAGGGUGUUAAACGAUGGAAAGGGGCGCAUCUUGGGGGCAAGCGGGCAGGAGCGCAGUUCAGGGAAGUAAUUGGGGAACACCUUAAACCUCUACCAAGCAUUAGAUUGAAAGGGAAAGAUCCGGAGGGUAAAAGGAGGGAAUGGCAUAAUUUGGGUGAAAAUAGGGGUCAUUUAUCCACUCAUUAUGUACCCCCUAAACCUCCACCAAGCAUUCAAUGGGAAAGGAAAGAUCCGGAGAAUAGCAGGAGGGAUUGGAAAAUUUUUGGUGAAAAUAGGGGUCAUUUAUCCACUCAUUUUGUACCACAACCACAAGCGUCUUAUAGUAUCCCUCUUUCUCAUAGUUUAGUUAGCUCAACAUCCCGUGUUCCAGUCAUGCGUCCUACUAUUUCUGUUCCAAUUUUAUCAAGUUUUCAAGGGUUAUCCUAUCCUGUCCCAGCACCACCACCACCAUCGGGACGCCUUUUUUCAUUAUUGAAUUCUCUAGGUGUUGAUAUAUCACAUAUUCAGAGCACUCCUGCUCCAAUACCACCUAGCGGACCAACUCAUGGUCAACAUGCUCAACAUCAGCCACACUCAAUGCAAAGGAUACUGAGGAGGUAGGUUCUUUCCAUCACACUAGAAAGCCAGUAAGUCUUUCUCCAUGUACUUGGUUACUUGUAUAAAUCAUUGGCUUACAGCUAACACUACAAGUCUUUUAUUUCCUCGGUGCGUAUAGGUUUUUAUUAGUUUUUGUACAAAUUGGGUUUGAUCUUGCUACUGUCUCCCUUACGCCUCGAACAUUCCCGCCCGCUUGCCUUUGGGGUACUACAUUUUCUUUUUAUAUUGAAAGAUUUGCUGGCUGAAAUGAUGGUUGUGAGAGUUGAAACUUAUCAUGUGAUGUGGACUAAGUUUAUUGUUCUGUUUAUGAUUAUAGUUUAUGUGCAUGGUCUGUUGUCAAAUACACGAUGGUAUCCUGAACAAUUGUAACAGUGGAUGACUUGAACCUAUAUUCUUUUCCAGCAUCAGACUAAGACCCAAAUGCGAAAUCAAAAGCUUAAAUUAGAAGUAAAUAAAUUGUAUCUAGAUCCCUUAUCACUAGAACCAUGGUUGAAAGAACUGGAUCA